GUGAGGAAGGCUACGCAGGCAGCGCAGGAGCCCAAGCAGUCGAAGGCGGCCGGCCAUGGCGCCGCCAGCCCCGGCCAUCCCCGUCGCUUGAGGAGCCGCAGGCAGCCGUCCAUAGUGCCGCCGGCCCCCAGCCAUCCCUGUCGCUUGAGCAGCUGCAGGCAGCCGUCCAUGGCGCCGGCCCUCCCUUCGCUCGAGCAUCCGCCCGCGACCGGCCAAGACGCCGCCAGCCCCGACCCUCCACGUCACUCGAGUAGCCGCACGCGGCCGGCCUUGGGCCUCCCCCGUCACCGGAGUAGCUGCACGUCCUUUCCCGUCGCCUCGAACAGCCUCACGUGGUGGGCCCUACUCAUCGGCGCCGCCGACUCUGACCCCAUCCCCUUCUUUACCCCAGCCAUCGUCGCCCCAACCAGGGCCAUGGCGUCCCUCCGAGCUCGGCAAUGUGCAGCGCCUGGACCCAUGACGAUGAAGUGGAGAAGAAGUCCAGGGACCGGAUUGCUUUUUUUAUCUGUAUGUAGUUCUAGGUUGCUUUAUGUAAUACGUGAGGACUGUUUUUUUAUGCGAGCCUCCUUUGUGUAAAUUUGUAUGCACCGGUUGACUAAUGAAGUUUCCAAUGCCUUUCCGUUAGAAAA